AGCAUUUGUAUCUUGAGCUUGUGCCAAGAACGCCGACCUUCGAAAGCCACACCUUUGCCAAGCCCCAGCAAUGCUUAGAAAGCCUGCCUUCCUGGCUGCAAGCCUGACGGUGGCGCAUUUGGUUCCGCUUUUCCUGAAGCCCAUGCAGGCUUCUUGGGGCUGGUCUGCCAGCAUGCCCAUGUGCAUCCCGAAGAGUGGCGGCAAUUGGACUUUUGCCGAUGGCUCCGCUAGCAUUGCAGCAGGCACCUCGGCUAAUGUGACCUGCAGCAACGGUGACAUGCCAUUCGUCAUGACAGUGAUGUGCCCCGAAAGCACACCCAUCAACAAGACCAUGGACCCUGAGUGGUGGAGCACAUGCGGUGGCGGAGACUCUUGCAAAGCGAGCAGAGAGAUUGGCGAUGACAUCGAAUGCCCAGAGGCCUCAACUACUGCCCCGGGUGCAACUGCUGCAGGGUCUGCAUCCAGCUGGGGCUUCAGCGCAUCGCUGGUAGUUUAAGUGCAUAUCGGAGAUGAUCGGUUGGAGUGCCGCUUUCUUGCUUGAUUUUGAGCUGUAGAGGCAAUGAUCAAGAGCAGCUUUUAGCUGUAGGCGUUCAGAGCCGUUCCUGCUCUUGCUGUGUAAAUAGCAUUUUCAGCCUGGAUAUUCGUCUCGAGGCAAGGAAUCCAGGCGAAGAGAUUUUGGUAGGACAGUGUUCGACCGCAAGCACUGUCAAAUCGCAUUGACUUAUUCCGCUUCUUUCAUUGUGAGAGAUAGCAGAAACACGUGCCGAUUAUCCAUUGCAGUUGAUUUCUUGACUACUUUGGACGGCAAAACCUUGAGACCACAUGCUGUGCAAGGUGGUCUCUUUACACACAAGAAGCCUAAGCCUAAAGUUACGAUCGGUUCAGCUUGCUUCGUCA